GCAGACUCCAGCUUCUGACUUCUACGUCUCGUAGUCUGGCAGAUGUCGCUAGCUUGGACCGUUACAAAGCCAUUAGGAGUUUCUUCAUUCAGCAGCAACAUUAUACGACAAAUGCGUCAAGACAUUUAGCACUAGAACGACGUUAUUUCGGACCUUGCACUCUGAGGGCAGAUAAUAACUACUACCUCGUGCGAAACCGACUAGAUACACGUAAUUAUCAUGUAUCUUCUCGACUUUGGGAAGAAAAACAAUCUGGGAGUAGGCAUAAUUCACCGGGAGUUGGAGGGAAAGAUGUCGGAAAGGAGCCGAGUCGAAUUACGCAGGAGACAUCGCCAAAGGUCGAAGAGCAAAGUAGAUACCAUCAGCUCGAAAACUAUUCUCGUUUCUUCCGCCGACUGGUCAUGUCGUUACCACCUAUGCAGCGACCAACGCGAGACGAUCUGUUGAAAGUCGCGACAGGUUUCUGGCAGCGGUUGAGGAUUCGCUUUAAGUGGUUUACAAUCAAGUCAUUCCGAAAGUUCAACGCAGAUGAUAUCUCUGCCUUCGUCUCUUGGUUUGUCUUCAGCCAAGCUGUUUGGAUUUUCAUUGGCACUACUACAUUUGCCUCUGUAAUAUUCGCGACUCUGAACAGUUUGCGCCUGCAAGAGUAUGUUGCGCGAGCAAUUAGCGAUUAUCUGACGUCAGAGACUGGGGUCACUAUUAUUUUCGAAUCUGCGAUCGUGCCAAAAUGGAAGGACUCGCGAAUUGCUUUCAAAAAUGUCUAUAUAUCACGCCGUCCACCCUCAUUAGGUGGAAUACCACCUGCUGAUCCAAACGCAGCACAUAAGGCCGCUGCUCGAUAUGAUAUCGGCAAUCAUCCUGCGAGUCAUGGACUUGAGGAUGACCAUAACGAUUCUUUUCCUCAGGCUGAAGAAGAAGUUGAUUACGCUGUUUUCGACCUGAACGUAGAUUCGAUUGACGUGACGCUAUCAUUAUGGCGCUGGCUAGAUGGGAAAGGACUCGUAGAGGAUGCUGUGGUCAAGGGUGUUCGUGGUAUUCUCGACCGUCGGUACGUCCACUAUGAUCCAGACAAGCCCUUGGAUCCGGCAGAUUUUCGGCAUCCGUCUCGGCCUGGGGAUUUUGAACUCAAGUCGCUGCAAAUAGAAGAUCUUCUCAUUACGGUAUACCAGCCCGAGGCAUUCCGCCCGUUCACAGUUUCAAUAUUCCGUGCGGAUAUCAAACAAUUCAGAAAACGCUGGUUAUUCUAUGAUUUUCUAUCUGCUGAGAAUGUAGUUGGCCAGUUCGAUAACUGUUUAUUCAGUCUUCACAAGCCGCAGAGUAUUGGAAGAACGAUGGAGCAGGAGAUGAAAGAUGGCCAUUGGGCUCGCAUGGCUCGAUUCCGGAUAGAUGGAGUUAACAUCGACCAUCUUCAACGCGCUACAUCCAUGGAAGGGCCCAUUGCAUGGAUAACAUCGGGAAAAUUUGACGCCGUGCUCGACAUACGUUUCCCUCAUCCUGAAGAAACGGACUUCAACGCCCUGCUUGGCGAGCUCGCGGAGGCGAUCACUACUGCCGCCUCGACGCAAGCAGCUCGAUUUGUGGACCGCAUCCCUGGUCAACGCGAGCUUGCGAAACCGGCCAUUUCUGUGCCCGAUGACUCAAAAGACAUUGUAGUCGAGAGGGCUGCUGCGCCGCGCGUGGUUACGGUUGAUAUUGACCUGAGGUUUAGGGACGUGAAAGCAUCGGUGCCUAUUUUCACGCGGGACCUUUCGUAUGUGAACAACGCACUGAUACGGCCUAUUGUUGCGUUCAUAAAUGCAAACAAGACCUUGGUGCCCAUUCGAUGCCGAGUGGUGACGGAACUGGACAAAUUUGAUGGUGCUUGGACGAUGUGGGAAACUGGGUUGAUGGACGAGAUUUCUUUGAAGGUCUACGAGGCACUCGCCUACCACGUUACACAAGCAAACUUCAACCGUCGAGUUAAGACAGUCAGCUUGUGGAGUCUGCAAAAGACUAUCCAUACCGCGUUAUCUGCGCUUCAAACGAUGAUGCAGCCGAUGAGCGUCUAUAUACCCGAGCUAAGAGAGGCAAUUCCUCUGGAAGAAUGGAGCAACCUUCCGACUUAGUGCUCAUGAUGGCUCAAGCAAAAGUACUCUAUAUAGUUCAUAAUUUCAUGCUUGUUAUGAAUCAGCUUAUGAUUGCUGUCCACGACGUCCACGACUUCCACAACUCCGGCUUAUGUCGCC